UCUCCUGGUGUUUGGGCUAGACCAACUAUCCAGUAGUUGUGGCCCAAGUGACCUCGUACUUAGCAAGAUAGGAUAUCAACCGCCAAAUUGUGUGAGCAAGAAAUGAGUUUCUCAUGUUCCUUCUUUCUCAAUGCUACCUUAAAACUUGCUACUCCUCACCUCUGUCCCUUUUCUGCCAAGUCUAUCUCCAAAAAACGACUCCGUUUCUCCUCCAAUGCAACCUCCCUAGAGCUCCCGCUUCUUCCUUUCAACACCAACGAGGUUCUUGUUCCAUCGGAGAGUAAAAUAUUGCAUCUAUAUGAGGCCAGAUAUCUAGCUUUGUUAGAGGAGUCUUUAUUGAGGAAAAAGCUUUUUGUGCAUGUUGUGCUGGAUCCUAUUGCUAUUAGUGAGUCAGCAGCUGAAGCAUCAUUUGCUGCUCGAUAUGGUUGUUUGGUUCUAAUAGAAAAUUUUCUGUACUUGCAGUUAGAACGCUUAGAUGUUGGAGCUUUAGUCACUAUAAGGGGAGUUGGUCGUGUCAAGAUCAUCAGUUUUGUUCAGGCAGAUCCUUACUUGAAAGGUGAAGUAAUGCCAAUGCAAGACCGAAAUCUCUACAGUUCAAGUGAUAUGAACUCAAAAGUUUUGGCUGUGAAGGAGGCUGUUUACAGCUUGAAUAAUCUGGAAAUGAAACUAAAGGCUCCAAAGGAAGCAGUUUUGCAGACCCGCAUUUUAAAUUCUCUGCUGUGGGCGGAUAAGGAACCAUCCUUAGAUUGUGAAGAAGCUUUCAUUCCAUCAUUACCUGAGCGUGUAUCCUUUGCAGCAUUUCAACCAGUAUCAGGAGCAACUCAAUCAGAAUUGCUGAAGUUGCAGAGAGAGAAAGUAACAGCAAUGGAUUUAAGAGACACUAAACGAAGGCUAAAUCAUUCACUACAAUUUCUUAAUGAUAAUAUUUCACUGGUAGCUGCCAAGCUCGCUAUUCAAUCCUUAGAAAUCCAGUAAUCUAUGGGAGGGAGGCAUGUACAAUAUUAAAUAAUUAAAUUCUUUGACAAAACUGAUAAUUAAGAUUAAAA